GCAAACAGAAAAUGUGCUAAAGUACGGCUGAGUAAUGGUAAAGAGGUGAUUGCUUUUAUUCCGGGUGAAGGACAUACAUUACAAGAGCAUAAUAUCGUUCUAGUGGAGGGUGGGAGAACACAGGAUUUGCCCGGAGUUAAGCAUACAAUAGUCCGAGGAAAGUAUGACUGUGGACAUGUAAUAAAGAAGAAAAAAUAGGGUUUAAAGUUUAAAAAUUCAUAAAUUUUUACAGAUUUUAAAAAUUCAUGACCAGAGGUCUAAAAUGCGGGGCACUCAGUGUGUCAUACGACGACUCCAACUCCGUUCCCUGUGAGUGCUAGGCAACGCGACACCCACUGUCUGCUGAUAAAUUUCAAUUAAUUGCCCAGUGAAAAUGGGGAUAACAACAACAUAGCAUAAAGGAAAGUCAGUUAAUUCGAGCGAAUGCCAGUUCGAUAGGAUGCCAGUACGAGCGCAUGCCAGUUGAAGCACAUGCAUUUAGUGCAAAACUAUAACAAGGGCGAAUUUAAUGUCACCCUAUUCUUGUAUUUGUGAGUGAAAUUGUAUUUUGGUACUUUUGAUAAUUAUUUCAUGUUUAAAUUUCCCCAUCAUAGAAUUGUAAUUGUAAAAGCUUGAGUCUCGGCUCAAAAUAGGAAAUCUUAAUGUAAUUCGUACAUAACUUGCACAGGCUGUUGUUCGCAUAAGUGGAUCAUUUUCUGCUCGAACUAGCAUCCGGUCGAAGUAAUUUCUGCUCGAACUUGCAUUCGCUCGAAUUGACUGGUUCACAUGUACAGAUAUAUGAGGGUUUGUUUAGUUCAAUAAAAUAGAUUUUUAAAAUGUUGACAUUUCACCAUGUUUUGGCCAUUUUCUCAGUAACAUGAUUUGCGAUGAGUGA